AUGACAGAGAGAACUGACUUGACAAAGGAAGACUGUCAAGGAAGAUAUGAGUUUUCAUCCAAGGCUCGGUGCCCGGCAUCCGACAGGGCCCAGCCACACACUCACCUCGGCGGCUCUACUACAGGGGAUGUGCCGCGGCAGCAGCCACCGCGGUCCACGGUGACAGCUUCCAAAAAGCACUUCCGGGGUCAAACAGCGAUUCCGCCGGCACUGACAGGAAGCCUCGGCCUGGCCCCCCCCACCUCGCCCCUGGCCGCCCGCCCGUCCGCCAACUGCCGCCUGGGAACCCGCCUGGCUGUAACCACGCCCCUGUCCCCUUCUGUCUCCCUACAUGCUUUCAGCAGAGUGGGUGCAAGUUACCUCAAGACCUCAGGAGAAUACAAACUUGCAGGUGUUUUCCUUGGAGGUCGUUCAAUGGGCUCAAGAGCAGCUGCUUCUGUAAUGUGUCAUAUUGAACCAGAUGACACUGAUGAUUUUGUCCGUGGUCUCAUUUGUAUUUCUUAUCCAUUACACCAUCCAAAGCAGCAGCAUAAACUUAGAGAUGAAAACCUGUUUCGUAUAAAAGAACCUGUAUUAUUUGUGUCAGGCUCAGCAGAUGAAAUGUGUGAAAAGAACUUGCUGGAGAAAGUUGCACAGAAAAUGCAAGCUCCUAAUAAAAUCUGCUGGAUUGAGAAGGCAAAUCAUUCUAUGGCAGUGAAAGGACGGUCAACAAAUGACAUUUUCAAAGAGAUAAAUACACAAAUUUUGUUUUGGAUCCAGGAAAUCACUGAAAUGGACAAGAAAUAAUUGUCUUUAGUCCAGAGACAUAUUACUUUGAAUACGACUACAGUUAAUUUGAUAGCGCAUGGCAUAACUCAGCAUUUUGAGGUAUAUUUUCAACUAAUUUAAUGUCUUUUAAUGUUACCCCAUUUUUAAAACAUGUUUUAAUUGUGAAAUUAAU